AUGGACGCCAGUCCUCGUAAAGCCACGCUCUUCGAUCAGAGCUUAAGCACCCCUCCGGCCACCCCGACGACAGCGUGGAAAGAAAACUCAAGACCUCAGUCCAGCCAUGGGUCAGUACCAUCUUCAGCGAUGACGCCUCCCUCGUCGCCGUGGCUAUACAAAUCACCGGCGCCUCCUUCUUUAAUAACUCCCAAACACGAAACACGACGCCCAUCGAGCCAACUGAGCCGGAGCACCACAAACGAAGACUUGUCACAAGAUACCCCAGUCCCGCGGUGUCCGUUCGACUUCGAAAUCCUCAAGGACGACCGUGGCCGCGACGCGACUUUUGGAAGUGGCGCCUGGUCUAUCGUAUUCAAAGCCAGCACGCACCCCAAGGCGGCCACAUCGACGGCUCUCACACCACCCACUUCCCCGACAAAAUCCCUCCCUACGGUCGUCGCGGUCAAGAAACCGUGCCGUCGCGACGCCAGCGCCAUCUUGCGUUCCGAGGCACAAAUGCUCUCUUACCUCCAUACGAUCCCAUAUUCGGAAAAAUACGUCGUUCCCUUCCACGGCACGGCGGGACCCGACGACACGACUCUGGUCCUCGACGCCAUCCCGUACAGUCUCGAAGAUCAUAUCCGCAAAUACGCCUACGAGGCCCGGCAAGAUGUCAUGUCCAGCCUUCGCACCAUGCACGAACCCAUUGUCGGGAGCGUGGCCCAGUGGCUGAACCUGGCCAACAGUCUCGUUUCGGGCCUCGCGUGGCUUCACAACAUCGCAUGCGUAGUCCACGGCGACGUCAAGCCGGGAAACAUCCUCCUCCGGCCGCGCGCUGCUGGCUCCUCCGGGUCGUCACCGCAAGCGAUCGAGGGGUACGAGCCGGUUUACGCGGAUUUCAGCUCGUCGACACGUCUCGACGUCGACGACAUCUCGCCGAACACCCUCGCGGCCGUGACACGCGAAUACACGGCCCCCGAGCUGUUGUCGUCCAAGGUCCUCCGCGACCCGACCAGCUGCGCCACGACGAGCAGUGACGUCUUCAGCCUCGCCGUGACGCUCCUCGUCGCGGCGACGGGCGAGUUGCUCGUGUACAGCGGGAGCGUGUUCCAGCGUCAACUGAUGGCCACACAAGGCUGGCUUGUGCUCAGCCAUGUACGCGGUGGUGACCAGGGGAGUAGAGUGCCUACGGGUGGCGUCGUCGAAAAGGUGCUGCAACGCGCCGUGCUCAAGGACGAGUUUGCGAGAGUGAGUGCUUUGGAGUGGUUGGAAAUCGUGGAGCAGCAGACGAGGACAAAGACGACAAAUAAGCUUCAAGUCCGGUGA